AUGCCAGACCUGUACCUGACUCUAGCUUUCGCAACCGCGGUCUUCUUGCUGUUCCGCUAUUACGCCAAGUACAAGCUCAGCUACUGGAAGCGACAGGGUAUCGAGGAACUGCCCAACACCGACCUCGUGUUCGGCAACCUCAAGGACGGGGUGCUGUUCCGCACCUCCCCAGGUUACCACGUGGGGGUGUUGCACAGGUCCGCCGUGAACAAGGACGCGCCGAUAACCGGCUUCUACAUUUUCCACAAGCCAUGCCUGCUGAUCCGCGACACCGAGAUCAUCAAGAACAUCCUCAUCCGCGACUUUGACAACUUCUCGGACCGCGUCUUCUCCGGCGACCUGCAGCGCGAGAGCAUCGACAUGAAGAACCUGUUUGGACUGAAGUCCGCGCCCUGGAAGCAUCUGCGGUCAAAGGUCGUGCCUACGUUCAACAUCAGCAAGAUGAAGCAAAUGCUGCCGCUGAUAAUACAGACGGGCGAGACAAUGGCUGAUUACCUGAGGGAGGAGAGCGUCAGUUCGAACGGGAAGAUGGUGAUCGAUGCCCAGGAAAUGAACUACAAGUACGCGAGUGGGCUCAUUGCCAACAUCGCCCUUGGCACCCCCAUGAACAUGUUCCGCGCUUCCAACGAGUUUACCAAAUUUGCGCACAAGUUCUUCCACGGAUUCAAGAGGAGAGUUGCUCUGGUGGCUCUAUUUUUCAUUCCCGAAGUGGCGACGUUCAUCGGACCCAAAAUGCUGGUAAACGUCUCGUCGAUAAAAAAAAUCCUCCGACAGGUGCUGCAGGAACGCGAAGAAAGUGGCCAGAGACGGGGUGACUUCAUCGACUCGCUCAUCGAAAUGAAGAAUGGCGAGCAAAAUCCCAUUCACAGACUAGAGGGUGAAAAUUUGCUGGACGUAACGGGCACCUUCUUCUCCGGCUUCGAAUCUAGCAGUCUUUCCAUCACGUUCACGCUUUUCGAGCUGGCGGGCAAGCCCGAGUACCAAGAGAAAGCUCGUCAGGAAAUUGAAAAAGCUAUUGAAGAGUACGGCAUGACCUACGAAGCUUUUAACCACAUGAAGUACGUCGACCAGUGCUUGAACGAAGGUCUCAGGCUUCACCCGCCCAUUUCGACCAUUGAUCGCGUCGCCAGAAACGACUACAAGAUCCCCGGUACGAACCAUAUCAUUAAAAAAGGUACCGCAAUUUACAUCUCACUCUACGGUAUGCAGACUGACCCGCGAUUCUUCGACCAACCAGAUGUAUUCGAUCCAAGUAGAUUCGAUGGCACCAAACAAAUUUCUGAUGCUUACAUGCCCUUUGGAAUCGGUCCUAGAAUGUGUCUUGGUGUAAAAUCAGGUGAGCUGCACUCCAAAGUGGCACUGGCUAUAAUCCUACGGGACUAUAUCGUCAUGAGAAAUCCAAAGGAGGAACUGAUCCUGGAUCCCAAGUACACGUUUACCGGCGGAGUGGAUGGCAUGAAACUUUACUUUGAGAAAAUCGUCAAAUGA